AUGGAUGAAGGGAAGAAAAAAAGCAAAACUAGAAAACAUAUAACUUCUUUAGAUGAAGAGAAAUUAUUUGAUAACAUUUCAAAAGAUGAUUGUGGUAUAAUAAAAAAGUUUACAUUAGGAGUAUGUGCUAUGGAAAGCAAAGUUGAGAGUGCUCCAAUGGAAUGUAUCUUGAAGCGUUUAGCAAAGAGUGGUGAUUUUCAUAUAAUAAAAUUUAAAGAGGAUAUGAUAUUAAAUCAUGAUAUAGAUUGUUGGCCUAUUGUAGAUUGUUUAAUAGCUUUUUAUUCUACUGGUUUUCCUUUAAAGAAAGCUAUUGAAUAUGUAAAGAAAUACAAGCCUAUAACAUUAAAUAAUUUAGAAAAGCAGAUGAUAUUACGAUCAAGAUUACAAAUAUAUGAGGAAUUAAAAAAAUGGAGAGUACCUCAUGCUAAUUACGUUGUUGUAGAUCAUGAUACAGUAAAAAGAGGAGAACAUGUAUUUGAAGAAUAUUAUGAUUAUAUAGUGUAUGAUAAUAUAAGAUUAAAUAAACCAUUUAUAGAAAAACCAAUAAAUGCUGAUAAUCAUAACAAUUGGAUAUAUUAUCCAAAGAAUACAGGAGGUGGUUGUAAAAAAUUAUUUCGUAAAGUUAAGGAUAGGAGUAGUGAAUAUUGUCCAGAAAUACAUAAGGUUCGAACUAAUGGAACAUAUAUAUAUGAAGAAUUUUUAUCUACAUUUGGAACAGAUAUUAAAGUGUAUACUGUAGGUCAAAUGUUUGCACAUGCAGAAGCAAGGAAAUCUCCAGCUUUGGAUGGAAAGGUAUGUAGAACAUCUGACGGAAAGGAAGUUAGAUAUGCUGUUAUUUUAUCAGAAGCGGAAAAAAUUAUAGCUUAUAGAAUAGUUGAAGCUUUUCAACAAACUGUUUGUGGAUUUGAUAUCUUAAGAACUACUAUGGGUCCAUUUGUUUGUGAUGUUAAUGGAUGGUCCUUUGUUAAAGGUAAUAUAAAAUAUUAUAAUGAUUGUGCUCAUAUAUUAAGAGCAAUGUUUCUAGCCAAAUUAGAAGAAAAAUAUAAUAUUAUUCCAAGAGAUUUAGCUGAUAAUUGGUAUAAUAUCGAAAAUGAAGAAGAAGUAUUAAGAAAAACGUUUAGACAACCAGAUGAUUUACAUUGUUCACAUCAUGAAGAAUUAUGUUCUGUAAUUAUUGUUAUGAGACAUGGAGAUAGAAAACCAAAACAAAAAAUGAAAUUUUUUACAACUAAACCAUUAAUUCUUGAUUAUUUUAAUUCAGAAGAAAAUUUAUAUAAUGUUAUAUCAAAUAGAUAUGCUCAUGAUGAUACCAUUAAAAUAAAUAAUAAUGAAUUACAUACAACUAAUUAUAAUACACAAGAUGUUUUAAAAUAUAAUGGUAAACUUGAUCAUACCAUUAAUCAAUAUAAAAGUACUCAUAAAAAUCAUUCUAAUAGUAAGACAUUUAAUUAUAGUUCUCAAAACAAUUGCUCAAAUAAAUGUAACGGUAAUAUAAAUGAUCAUACACAAAAAGAUAUAAAAAUACCCUGUGCUCAUCAUGAACCCUUUCCUAAUAAUUCAACUAACACAAAUAAGGAAAAUAUAAAUGAAAAUAAUAAAUCAUGUGAAAAUAGCAAAUCAUGUGAAAAUAGCAAAUCGUGUGAAAAUAGCAAAUCAUGUGAAAAUAGCAAAUCGUGUGAAAAUAGCAAAUCAUGUGAAAAUAGCAAAUCAUGUGAAAAUAGCAAAUCGUGUGAAAAUAGCAAAUCAUGUGAAAAUAAUAACGAUAAUCAAAACAAUUGUACAUGUAUUGAUAAAAAUAAACCCAUUAAAGAUCUUAAUAAUCAAGAUAAAACAGAUACCUUUCUCCUAUCAGAUAACAAAACGGUGAAUGAAAAAAAUUCCUCAAAUAAUAAAAAUAUAAACACAGAUACAUGCAACACAUCUACCCAAACAGAUGAAGUCAAACAAGCCAAUUUGUAUAAAUCUUAUACCAAAAAAGAAAUCAAGUUUAAAUCACCAGAAGAGUUAGAGGACCUUUUCCUAAGAAAUAAUGUUAUAUUGAAUGAUAUAGAAAAGGAAUUUAAACUAAUAAAAGAGCAACUUUAUAAUAUCCAACAAAAAUUGGAAAAGGAUGAUAUUAAUCAAAAGCAUGGACAAAAAUUAGAUGCAACGAGUGAAAAGGAGGGUUUGACUAUGUUCACCAUGAAAGAUAAAAAUAAUGAAAAUGUGGAUGAUAAAAAGGAAAUCCCCCAUAGGAAGAAAUCGAGCCAUGAUCAUGAUGAAAAUGAUAAUAAUAAUGCAAGCGGUACAUGUAAUAAUAAUAAUAAUACAAUCGGUACAUGUAAUAAUAAUAAUAAUACAAUCGGUACAUGUAAUAAUAAUAAUAAUAUAAGCGGUACAUGUAAUAAUAAUAAUAAUAAUACAAGCAGCACUUGUAAUAAUAAUACUUGUAAUAAUAAUACUUGUAAUAAUAAUACUUGUAAUAGUUGUAGUAAUAUAAAAUUAAAUGUCCAUUGUAAGAAUAAACAUGGCGAAGAGGAAAGGUGCAACACAUGCUCAGGAAAGGAUGCACUUAAUUUAAUGACAAAAGAAGAAUUAGAAAUAAAAAGAGGAGAAUACGAAUUGAUGAUUGAAAAUCAUAAAACAUUACAAAAAAUAUUAGAAAGAGGUGAUGGUUUUACAGGUAUAAAUAGAAAGAUACAAUUAAAGCCUGUAGAUUUCAUUAUUGUAAACGAUAAAGUUAUAGUAACUAGGAUACUUGUUGUUGCUAAAUGGGGAGGUGAAUUAACAAGAAUGGGAAGAAGACAAUCUGAAAAUUUGGGUAAACGAUUUAGAGCUACUUUAUAUCCAGGUGAUUCAGAUGGUUUAUUAAGGUUACAUUCAACAUUUAGACAUGAUUUUAAAAUUUUUACAUCAGAUGAAGGUAGAUGUCAAAUAACAUCUGCUGCAUUUACAAAAGGUUUUUUAGAUUUAGAUGGAGAAUUAACACCGAUUUUAGUAGCAAUGGUUAUAAGAAAUUCUAAAGCACAUAGUUUAUUAGAUGAUAAUAAUCCAUGUUUAGAAAGAUCAGAAUGUAAAGAAUAUAUUGAUGAAAUAUUAAAUAAAAACAAUGAUAUCGAUGAAGAUUUAUUAAAAAAGUUAACACCUGGAAAAAAUGCAAGAGGAUUUAGAGAAUCAUUAAGAAAAAUUUCUAAUUUUUAUGAAUUAAUGGAUAAGGUUAGAACAACAAUAUAUGAAUUCUUAAAAAGUUUAAAUCAAGAAGUACAGAAAUGGUUAAAUUUAUUUCCAUAUGAUGAGUAUGCUUUAUAUGUUAUAGAUAUAUUACAUGAGAUACAAGUUCGAUGGAAAUCCUUAACAAAAAUGUGGUAUAAAAAAAAUAAAAAUAAAUAUGAUACUUCAAAAAUUCCAGAUAUUGUAGAUAAUGUACGUUUUGAUUUAAUACAUCAUCAUUCAUAUCUAGGUAGUGGUUUAGAUAAAGCUUUUGAAAUAUAUAAUCAAAUUGAACCACUAGCCAAUUUUAUUUCACAAGCUGAAUAUGGUAUUACACCUCAAGACAAAGUGAAGAUUGGUGUGCACAUUGUAGGAAAAUUAUUAAGAAAAUUAAUACAUGAUGUAACAUAUUAUAGAGAUGAAGAAGAAAGAAAUAAAAAAAAUAACAAAGGAAAUAAUGUUCUCAAAAAUGCUUUACAUAUUUCAUAUAUGAAUCCAUUUUAUUUUAAAAAAACAGACGAAUUACAAAAAAAGGAUAAAGACCAACAUCAAAGGGAUACAUCCAAAAAUUUUAAUAUGUGUAAAUAUGAUACGAAGCAAAAUUUUCUGGACAAUUUCCUAUUCAAAAGGGAUAACAAUGAAAUAAAUAAGAAAGUUGAAACAAAUAAUAAAAGCAAUAUAAUAAAUCAUAAUUCUCAUAUAUUAUAUAAUACAAAUGAUAAAAAGGAAAAUACAAUAAAUGAUGUUAUGCAGGAAACAACUAUACAAACUAUUCAUGAUCAAAAAAGUGAUAACAUGUAUAAAUAUGAGCAUGGAAAAAAUAAGGAGGAUAUAAUCAAACAUGUAGAUAUAAAUAUAAACGAUGGCAACAAUAUGAAUGAUGGCAACAAUAUGAAUGAUGGCAACAAUAUGAAUGAUGGCAACAAUAUAAAUGAUGGCAACAAUAUGAAUGAUGGCAACAAUAUAAAUGAUGGCAACAAUAUAAAUGAUGGCAACAAUAUAAAUGAUGGCAACAAUAAUAAUAAUAUGGAGGAGGGGGAUGAGACCAAGAAAUUGGUUAUUGAAAAAGAAGAAAAUACCUUUAAUAAUGAAAAAAAUAAACAUUUAGAUAAAUCCUAUUUAAGAUGCGCUAGUAUAUGUUCAGAAAAUUGUAAAAGAAAUUUAAUAACACAAAAUGAAUAUCCAAGAAAAGAUAAGUUAGAAAAAUGUUCUUCGUUAACGGAAAAAUAUGUACCAGAUAUAUCUACGAAUAUAAUAAAGAAUAGAAAAGAAUGUAUAUGUAAAAAUAAUUUAUAUGAUAAUGAAAAAAAAAACAAUUCAUUAUAUAGAUGUGAUGAUUUAAUAUGUAAUAUGAAAUAUUCAGAAAACGUUAAUGGAACCAAUUCAGAACCUAGUAAUUCUAAACGAGUGUUAAAUAAGGCCUUGUGUGUAGGAGGAUACAGCAAUGGCAUUAAUAACAACAAUAAUGUAAACGGUAAUCCUAAAAAUAUUAACGAUGAUAAUAAUAUAAACGAUAAUAAUAAUAAUAAUAAUAAUAAUAAUAAUAAUAAUAAUAAUAAUAACAAUAAUAAUAAUAACAAUAAUAACAAUAAUAAUAAUAACAAUAAUAAUAAUAAUUAUUGUAACAAUAAUUAUAAUAACAAUUCAACAUCGACAUUUUUAGAUACCAAUAUAGGAGAAAGUUAUAACGAACUAAAAAAUUAUAAAAGCACCGUUACCUAUAAUACUAAUGUUAAAGAUAUAUAUACCCCCAAAUUAAUCAACAAAAAAGAAGCCUUAGUUAUUAACUCCUCAGAUUUAUGGGCACACCAAAAUAAAUAUAGAAAGGAAAAUAAUGAGAAACAAAAAAUGAAAAAAAUAAAAAAUAUGAUAGAUAAUGAUUUCAAUGAAAAAAAAGAAGAUUCUAAUGAUCGAGGUGUCUCAUAUAAGUAUAGUGAAAAUUUUUUAAAAAAAGAAAGUGGUUCCUAUUUUAUGAGAACCAUAGAAGAUUCCGAUAAAAGACAUAAAACAAAAAUUGAUGAAGAGCAACUGGAUUCUACUUCUAAUGUACAUGAAAAAACAAAUGAAUUAAAAAAUAGCGGAAGUUUAGAAAAUAAAGAAAAUAAAGAAUAUACACAAAAUAAAGAAUAUAAACAAAAUAAAGAAUAUACACAAAAUAAAGAAUAUAAACAAAAUAAAGAAUAUACACAAAAUAAAGAAUAUAAUGAUGAACAUGGGAACAAUUUAAUAAAUGAUGUUAAAGGAGAUCAUAUGAAAGGUACCAAUGUGGAUGAAAAAGAUAAAGAAAAAACUAAAAAUGGAUGCAGUGAGUUAGAUACAAAUAAUAUAAAAGAAGAUACAGAUGUAAAUAUAAAUAGAAAAGAAAAUCCAAAUGAUGAAAAUGUAAAUGGUGAGGUCGAUAUUGAAGCUGAGGCUGAUGCCGAGGCUGAUAUUGAUGUGGAUGAAGAUGAAGAAGAACAUGAACAUGAUGACGAUGAAGAUAUAAUUCGAUUAAAAGAAACAGAUGCUAGAAGGUUAGGUAUAAGGUCACCUUGGAGAAUGGUAAGGUCACGAUAUUAUGUAACAUCAGCAUCUCAUAUGAUAUCAUUAUUAAAUAUUUUAAUACAUGCUAAAAAAGCAGAUAAUACUAUAAGUCAAAAUAUUAUCGAUAAUGAUUCAUUUAAAAGUGUAAGUGAUGUUACAGAUUUGCAUUACUUAUCACAUCUAGUUUUUAGAGUAUGGGAAAGAAAACAUCUCAAGAGAGAUGAUAGUAAUAGAUUCCGUAUAGAAAUAUUAUUUAGCUCAGGGGCAAAAGAUGGAUUUGGUCAAAAUUAUGAAUUGUUAGAAAAGGAUGCAAAGGCUCAACAACAAAAAUAUGAAAGGCAUUUUAAUAAAUAUUUUGAUGAUACCAAGAGGAUUAAUGUAGACAAGAAUUUAGGUGCAACAACAGGAGCGGUAAAUUCUGCUGAUACGCAAAAUGGUACCACGAAACAUCAAGGUAAUAAUACUGUGACAGAUACGCAAAAUGGUACCACGAAACGUAUGGGUAAUAAUACUGUGAUAGAUACGCAAAAUGGUACCACGAAACGUAUGGGUAAUAAUACUGUGAUAGAUACGCAAAAUGGUACUAUGAGUGAUACACAUAAUAAUACUAUCAUAGAAACAGGAAAUGUGCAGGAGAAUUACAAAAAUAUGAAUAACCAUUUGAAUAAUAAUAAUUUAGAAGAGAGUGAUACUAAUAGAAGUCAUGUCCGAGCGGAGGAAUACAUAAAUAUGACUACUAGAGAAAAUGAAAAUGUGAAGAACAAGAAUGACUCUAAUAAUAUGAAGGAUAUAAAUAGGAAUGGUACAAAAAUUGGUGAUACAUGUGAAGAAAAAUAUGAGGUGGAAAAUUUAGAAAAUAAGGAUAAGUCUAUUAUAAAUGACAAGAAUAAUAUAAAUUGUGUAAUUAAUACAAAUAAUUGUUAUAGCGUUAGAGAGGAAAAAGGAAAUUUUGUUUCAGCAGAAGGGGUAUCUAAUAAUAACAUAAUGAAUAAGAAAGAAAUUAGAAUAGAACACGAUAAGAAUAUAAGGAGUGAACAUUUUUCUAAUAGUGUUGAUGAAAUAAUAUUAAAUAAUAAUAAAAAAAAGAAUAAUAUGAAUUUGAAUAUUUUAAAUAAAGAAAUAAAAAAGAGUAGUUUACAUAGUAUUUCUAAUAGUUCUGUUAAUCCAUUUGUUUUUGAUUCUUUGAAUGUUUUUAGAAGAGACAAUGAAGUGAAAUCACCUCAUAUAAUAAAUUAUAAUAAAAGAGAAGCUUCCUAUGGUUUUGGAUGUUUGAAUGAAAAAAAAAUGGAUUCUAUUAAUAAUAAUUUAAGUAGAGCAGGUAGUUAUAUGGUUAGGUCAAUAAGUUCAAAUUUAAGAAAAAAAAGUAAACAAAAAGAUAUUUUAAAAUUAGAUUAUGACAAAAAGGAAAAAGAAGAUAUAACAAAAGAAAAUCUUUUAACAUAUGAAAAUGAAUAUAUUAAUAAUAGUUCGAAUGAAAUAAAUAGUAAAUCAUAUCGAAGUUAUUCAUGUAUUAGCGACAGAUCAUAUUAUAGAAAUAAAAAAGAAUUCGAGAUAGGAAAUGAGGAACUUAAUAGGAAAAAUAAGUUAAAUGCUUUUAAUCAUAUCAUGGAUAAUGAUAAAUUAAAGAAUCAGUUCAUAAGAAAGCAUACAUUAGAAAUUAAUCAUAUCGAUAAUAAUGAUAAUAAUAAUAAUAAGAAGAAUAAUGAGAAUAAUAAUGAGAAUAAUAAUAAUAAUAAAAAUAAUAAUGAGAAUAAUAAUGAGAAUAAUAAUAAUAAUAAUAAUAAUAAUAAUAAUAAUAAUAAUAGCAAUAAUAAUAAUAAUAAUAAUAGUAGCAAUAAUAAUAAUAAUAGUAACAAUAAUAAUAAUAAUAGUAGUAAUAAUAAAAAUAAUAAUCUUAAUAGUAAUAAUAAUAAUAAUAUUUAUCAAGACAAAAAGAAAGUUAAUUUAUUUUCGCAUGUUUAUGAACAUUUCAAUGAAAAUAAAAAAAAUGCUACUUCAAAUUUAAAAUUCUUCUAUAAAACAUAUAUGCCAGACUAUGAAAAAAUAAUAGAGAAUGAUAAAAAAGCAGAAACGUUUGAUGUACCACCUUAUUGUGAAUUGGCUCCUUUAAUUGUAUUAACAAAGAAUUGUCAACUGUCAACCUUUGAAAAUAUUCUUACCAAACUUUUAAAUAACUAUUCUAAGAAUACAAAAAAUAAGGAUAAAAAUAAAAUGGAUAAGGUUUCAAAAAAUAAAACAAAAUAA